AUGAUGGGCAAGGUCAUCUUCUACGAGGACAGGAACUUUGGUGGCCGCUCCUAUGAGUGUAGCGGUGACUGUUCCGACAUGUUCUAUUACAUGAACCGUUGCUACUCCUGCAGGGUCGAGAGCGGCUGCUGGAUGGUUUACGAUCGUCCCAACUUCAUGGGCAACCAGUAUUUCAUUAAAAAGGGAGAGUAUGCUGACUACAUGGGCAUGUGGGGCUGGGGUAUGAACAACUGGAUCAGGUCUUGCCGCAUGAUCCCCAUGUACCAGGGAUCUUACAGAAUGAGAGUUUACGACAAGGAGAACUUCAUGGGCCAGAUGAUGGAAAUGACCAACGAUUGUGAUUCCUUCAUGAGCCGAUACAACUGGUGGAAUGGUUGCAUGUCUUGUCACGUGAUGGACGGCCACUGGCUCAUGUACGAGCAUCCCAACUACAGAGGCAAGAUGUGGUACUUCAGGCCUGGAGAGUACAGGAGCUUCAGGGAUAUGAUGAGAAUGGGUGGCAUGAGGUUCAUGAGCAUGAGGCGUAUCAUGGACUCGUGGUAUUAA